GCCGUCCACCGCUGGCAGCACCGGUACAAUGAGCAGCAACCAGCAGCAACUGCAAGUCACUCUAGUUUCCCCACCACGACCACCACCACUAAGCCUGUAACCACACCGUAACUACCACCAGCAGCACAUCACCACGACCACCACAGCCACCUGCUACACCAAACCACUAAAUAUCACUAACAUUAGUACACACACAUAAAUUGCUAAACAGUGAGAGUAAUUGCUUGUUACCGUUGUGGGUCGAUUGUUAUUUUAGUUGUUGUUCUUACUGUUGGUAUUUCCACACACUCUGGACAACACACAUUAUUCUACCUGACCAAGGGUUUUGUUGUGACACCUGAAGUCUUGCAUGCGUUGCGGUCUUACUAGCUACAGCCUACGGCACCUGAGUCAAGAGAUGAGUGUACGAGUACCGUCAAUAAGUGCAAGCAGUCGUUACCCUGUACAGCAGAUGGCUAUGGCUACCAGUUACAUGUGUCGUUAUUGUGCUAAACAGUUCACCUCAGUGAGAGACAUGCAGCUCCAUGUUCUACAACACAGUCGAGGCAAUGCACCUUUGAACUGUGCAAUCUGCAACAAAUCAUAUCGUACACCUUCCAAAUUACAACGACAUGUUAGAGUGCACAGCGGUGAGAGACCAUACAUUUGCAACCUGUGUGGACGACGGUUCACACGUUCUGACCACCUCAAACAACACAUGAAGGUUCACUCUCCCAACCGACAGAAAAAUAUGUGCCGUUUAUGCAACGCCCGAUUUACUAGUUGCCAUUUGUUGGCCACUCACUUGCGCACACAUGAGAUCCAUCAGAUUCAUCUUUGCAGAUGUUGUGGAGAAGGUUUUCCCACUUCAGAUGAAUUGGAUCGACACAAAAGACUUCAUGACGUUAAAGGUAAUAUCCGGGCGACACGAGGACGCAGAGGCACUCUCCAUCCCAUGAGCGCUGACCCGAGACUUGACAUAGUAAAUCCAAAGAGUGGAAGCAGCUUGCAUUCAGAACAAGUAACUUUAAAUGAGAAGCCAAACUUGCAUGGAAGCAAGUGGAUAGGUUGUGCAAGGUUCUGCCUGUCUCAGAUACCACCAGAGAGUAGUAAUAACAAUAACAGCAGCAAGGACGAUAACGAUGACAACCUUACUAGCAAUGACAACAACAACAGUAAAAACAAUGAUAGUACAGAAAUAGAAGCUUUGAAGUCAAUUUUUGGUAGUAAAAGUUUGAACGAUAACGACAGGGACGACCACGACAGCAAUGACAAACCAAGUCGGAGAGUGGAGAUGAAACUGUCACCUGGCCAUGACCAAGAGCAACAGAUUAAUGUAAAUGAUGAUAGUAGAUCCUUUGAAGUAGAAAUAAUUGCUGAAGAUUUAAGUAAAGAGCGUGGAGAUACUGGCAAAAUUGAAAAUAAGAAACUAGAUUGUAACAAUCGUCCAAAGAUGGAAGUAUCAUCCCUGUCCCACCAGCCUGACCCAGCGAUGAUGACCAGCUUAUCCAAGGGCAGUCGCAAGAAUAGGUUACAUGUAUCAGACUACUUUAACAUGUCCUUACUACCAAGCGUCUCCUGUGACGACAAUUACCAACCAGCAGUGACCGGAAGUAACAUACCAUGCCCACCUCCUUUUAAAAGAAGUUCAGACAGCCUGAAGGCAUUGAUCAAACGGGAGUCAAAAGGGCUAGGACUUCACAACAUGACUUACACACGUAACCUCCUCGGUGUUCCAUCUUCAUUUACCCGGCCAUUCUACAUGACAUCACAUUUAGAUCCACGACUGCAGUUCUCACCUUAUCCUAUCUCCACUGCUUACCUUGAUCUCAUGUACCACAGCAACACUUCCAACAAGAGCGACAUCAACAUCACUACCAAGCAGCAACAAUUAUCAGACAUGUCAUCGGGCACCCGAUGUGAACAUUGCCAUAUUUGGUUUGAAGAUUCUGCCAUGUUCAUGUUACAUAACAGUUUACAUUCAGCUGAUGAUGCUGAUCCAUUCACAUGCAAAAAAUGUAUGAAAAAAAUGGGAAAUCGCCUUGAGUUUACGGCACAUUUAGUGUGGCACCUUGACCCAGUUAUAGGCUGAAUAAACAUAUAGCCUUUGGUAUGGAUAGACUAACAUACUUACAUAUAAACAAAUAAACAUUCCUACAGAAAAAUAUACAUACGUGCAUAGGUUUGGUAAUACAAACAAAAACAUAGAACUCAAACCAUGAGUAUAUAUACGCUUUUUAUUAAUAAUCAGUAGAAGUUACAAAGUUAGUUUCGUGCGUUGGCCCUUGUGUUACUCUAUAACUUUUAUCGAUUAUUAAUAUAAAGAAACAUAUAUGCAUAAAUAUUUGUAUACGCAUUCACAUAUACAGGGUGUAUAACGUAUUUGAGGACAGUUAUAUACUUACACAAAAAUGGCUUAAAAAUAGACAAUAAUGCUUUUUUACUGAAAAAGGUUUUGAGGCUAAGAAUAAACAUAUUGUUUCGUCAUUUUAUUCAAUAAAAUCUCCUUCAGCCUCAAUAAUGGCUUCUGUGCGAGGUCUGAAUCGCCUACAUGCUAGGAUCAGGUGGUCUGUGUUCAUAUUGGACAUUACUCUGACUAUGGAGGUUUUUAGAGAUUCUUUGGUGUUAUGAGAGUGCUCAUUAACCUCUUUCUCAACUACGUUCCAUACAUAGUAGUCCAAUGGAUUGAGAUCUGGGGAGCUAGGAGGCCCAAUUUUUGGGAGUUGUGUGAUCAGGAAAAUUUUCCGCCAUCCAUUCCUGCAUUGCUGUAGCCUUGUGUGAUGGUGCCUAGUCUUGUUGAAACACAUAAAAUCUUCUGUUUCGUACAUUAUCGAUUCGUGGCUUAACCAUUGUAUUCAGAACAUCUAUGUAGGCAGCAGAGUUUACUCGAAGACCUUGUGGAAAGAAAUGAGGAGGCAUCACAUGUCCUUCAUUGCUAACAACCCCCAAAACCAUGACAGUUGCAGGAAAUUUUGUAUGCAUUACUCUUGGAACUUCCGAAGGAUCUGUACAUAACCAUCUGUCAUUUCUUCUGUUUACUUUCUCAUCUUGACCAAAGUUUUUCUCGUCUGAGAAGAAACAAAUGACAUCUUUCUCUGGUGGGUUUUUAAGUUUGUUCAGGAGUCUUUUUUAGAUCUGAUUAAGCGAUUUUCCUUCACUGUUUCUGACCUUUUCUCAUUGCAUACGAUUUGCAUCUGAUGUCUUUGUGGACAACAUUUUGGAUUAUUCCUUCUGACACAUGGUGUUCUUUUGCAACAUACAUACACAAACACACACACACACACAC